AUGCUUCCCGGUGCGCAGCACACCCUUUACCUUCAUCCUGCCACGCGACCAACCUGCAGAUCCUCGCUGACAGCGCACGUCAAGCGCACAAUGGAGAGCAACACGAACCUUCUUAACCGCAAGCCGCCGCUCCCCAUGCAUAGCCAGCAUGAGGGUAGUGCUAAUGGCAAGCCGCCGCGCAAGCCUAACGGCGAUGACAAGAAUGGCAGCGCCUACGGUGUUGAUGCUCAGGACACCGCUAUGGAGUACUACUACUGUGUUGGCUGCGAUAAGCCCGGGUCCGACUUCGUCUGCCGUGGCGACCAUAGCCACAGCCUUGGACCUCUCUAUCACAGCGCCGAUUGUCCCAUGGUCCACCGCGCGAACCAGGAUGAGGACAUGCAGUCUGAGCUGUGCCUGUGUGUGCGCCACGAGCUUCGUCGACUCAACCCGAGGCUGGGCAGCCUGUCCGCUAGGACCGCUAUCCUUGAGCGUGUUCGUGUCCAAACCAUCGAGAUCCUCCAGCACCUUGGCCCUGCCGGCACUGACACUGGACUUGCGCCUACGCCUCCUCACAGUGGUACCACCGACACGAUUGCCGGUGCCGCCGCCUCCUCCGACUACACCACCGAGUGGGUUGCCAAUGACAACCCAAUCGUGACUCCGCCCAACUGGCUGCCCGAUGAUGGGCUGUCUCGGCAGGGCUGUAGGCGUUCUGCGGCCCCUUCUCCGGAGCCGGGCGUCUGCAAUAUCUCUCUCGAUGACUUGACCAUCACCCCACGCCUACACCGGACUCCGCCCCUCCCUCGCGCUCCUCAGGCUAGCCCCAACAUCGACGGCUCUCCUGACAGCAACCGCCAGUCUCCGGCUCCUCUUGCGAACAUCUCGAACUCUCUUCGUCGUGCUCCUCCGUUCAUCGGUGACUUGGACAACCUAGCCUUCCGUGCCUUCGGCGCCAGCUACAACGAGUACGACGUAUACAUGAACACCUUUCAAGGUGCUGAUGGCAAGCGCAGGGCCAAUCAGAAUGCUAUGAUGCGCGAGGAUUCCUGGAAGAUGUACGCGCACGACAACUGA